AUGAUUUCUUUACAAAAGCUUCUCAACCGGGGCCUAUUUGCCAUCACUGCUCUGGCCGUGGCAGUUCAAGGAGCUUAUCCUGACCCGGGGGUUGUCUCGGGCGAUACUGGUCUUCAUGAUCCUUCAAUCGUAAAAACAUCGAGCGGACAAUACAUCAUCGCUCACACUGGCACCAAUAUCCAGCUUAAGACUUCGACUGACCGGACAAGAUGGACAAACGCGGGUGCCGUGUUCCCUAAUGGUGCAUCAUGGACUACCCCUUAUACGGGUGGUGACACUAAUCUCUGGGCCCCUGACAUUUCCUACCACAAUGGCCUCUACUAUUUAUACUACUCGGCCUCGACAUUUGGGUCUGCUAAGUCGGCCAUUUUCCUCGCCACCAGCUCCACCGGAGCUUCAGGCUCGUGGACUCACAAGGGCUUGGUUAUCGAGUCAAAUGACAGUCUCGGCUACAACGCCAUCGAUCCCAAUCUGUUCGUUGACAGCGACGGCAAAUGGUGGCUGAGCUUUGGCUCGUUCUGGUCGGGUAUCAAGUUGAUUGCGCUGAACUCCAGCACGGGUCUGCGCUCCGGCACAAGCCUCGUUUCCAUCGCCGCCCGUCCCAACAACAACGGCGCCCUGGAGGCGCCCUUCAUCACUAAACGUGGCAACUACUACUACCAGUGGGUAUCCUUCGAUAGCUGCUGCAAGGGGGCUUCCAGCACUUAUCGUACCAUGGUUGGUCGCUCUACGAGCCUGUCUGGUCCGUAUACCGACAAGAGCGGCACGUCAAUGCUGUCCGGUGGUGGUACUGAGGUUAUGGCGAGCCAUGGCUCGAUCCAUGGUCCUGGCCACCCAGCCGUCCUCUCUGAUUCAGAUGCAGAUGUCUUUGUGUAUCACUAUUAUGCUAAUAGUGGUGCGUCUUAUUUGGGUAUCAACCUCAUCCGCUGGGAGAACGACUGGCCUGUCAUUUAUUGA